AUGGAACACCUCCCCACCCGAGCAGACUCACCUCCGCUGAAGAUCCCGUACCUUGGCGGCGAAGCAUUUGAAGCAGGAACCUUAGGCUCCACCGAGGGCGCGCUAUACAAUUUCAAGAGCUACUGGCAACGCAGGGGCCUGGAGCGCGACCAGCUCACGGGCGAGAUAUCAUUCGAGAGCCUCCGGCCGCACGAGAUCGCCCAGUCGCUCCAGACAUGGCUCUAUUUUGGAACGCUCAUUUCCGUCUUCGAGGUCGUUGGGAUUCCCGUCCGCACUCGCGAUUUUGUCAUCCCGCGCCCGUCGCUGUCGUCACGCGUGCGCGUUUUGUGGGGAGAGCGAGAGAAGGAGGAGAGGAGCGUUUGCACCGCCAUGUUGCCUGCGCUCGUUGCCAGGUGGACGGCGCGCGAAGGGUUCUCGUCGGGCUCUGAUGGACGACUGCACGUCCGCGACGUCAACGAUCCGAGGUUCUUGCGCGGGGAGAACAUCAAGGAGAUGCUGAACUGGACAUUCUAUUACCUGGACAAGUUCCACCUUGAGGGCGAGAGCAUGGCCGAGCCGUACAAGAACCGCAUGCAGCUGGUUGAGCUGGCCAUCAUGGCCGUGUGCGAAAGCCUGUGCUCCGUGAUCGUGGCAAUCUACGGCUACGAGGCCCGCGAGAUGCCGUCUUGGGGCCCGAGUCCCGUCUUGCAGGCCCAGCUGCGGCGGAAUGGAUGGUGCAUUAGCGACUCGCCCUUUUUUCCGGAGUCGAUGAGCUGUGCUGCCGUUGCUGCAGAUUACUUCUUUGGCAGCUCGGUGUGUCCGCGGCCGGAGCGGGCCGAUGGAGAUCAUUCGCGGUGUACCACGGCCAUAUGCGACGAAUACUGCAGGAAGAUCACGCCGGGCAGGUAUGAGCAGAGACAUACGGUGGCGGGCUGUAAGUGCGAGGCCAUUUCGGUUCCGGAGGAGGCUAUUCGGCUUGUUGCAAGUGCUGAGGUCCCCGUUCUUCAAUGGGACGGCGAGGCGUUGCGAGUCUCGGCUGGCGACAGCGUGUGGAACGAAUAUGUGGCGAUAUCGCAUGUCUGGUCUGAUGGCUUAGGCAACAACGACAAGUCCAAUGCCCUCUGGGCCUGCCAGCUCUCCCGUCUCCAGUCUCUCGUCAAUGAACUCUGGCGCUCCUCAGGCUCCAAUCCAUCUGCGUAUCAAGCGCCACACGAUGAUAAUGCCAUUCACUACGAAAUAGAGCAAGUGCCGUUCUGGCUCGACACCCUCUGCGUCCCCGUUGGGACCGAAAACCGGCACCCCGGCGGCGACCGCACGCGCGACCUGCGCAAGGCGGCCAUCGCCCAAAUGGCAGCCAUCUAUCAGCGCGCCAGCCGGGUGCUCGUGCUCGACGCGUCUAUCUCGGCGCUGCCGCGCUCAACCGACAUUGUCGACAAGUACCUGCAGGUGCACCUGUCCAACUGGCACCACAGGCUCUGGACCAUGCAAGAGGGCCAGCUGGCGCGCCGGCUGUUCUUCCAAUUCCGCGACGGCGCCGAGUCGUUCGAGGACAUGAAGCGCGCCGAGCUGCGGGUGUGGGAGGGCCGCGCGCCGCGGAACCUGUGUGCGCCGCUGCGCCUCCUCUGCGCCGUCGAGCUCGAGGCCUUCUACCGCGCUGCGGAGCUUAGUGGCCACGAUGCUUCGCAUCUCGACGUAACGGCGCGCAUGCGCUCCUGCGCGCGCUACCUGCGCAGCCGCGAGACCAGCCGCUCCGAGGAUGAGCCCGUCUGUGUAGCUGGUAUUCUUGGGCUCGGGGGCGAUAGUGGCGCGAGGGAGAUCCUUGCGCGAGACGGCGCCGACGCGCGCAUGGCUACCUUCUACGACUUGGUCGGCUGUUUCGACCCGCGCAUCAUCUUUCACAACCACCCGCGUCUCCCUGUAGACGGGUACCGCUGGGCUCCGCGGUCCUUCCUGCGCCAGGUGCCCGACCUGAUUGUUUCCCGGGGAAAUGGGGGGAUGCCGGCCGCCGCCGCCGUGCUUAUCCCCAACGGCGGCGGGUUGCCAGUCCAGUUUGGGGGCUUUGAAUUCAGUUGCGAUGGCGACGACCUAAUGCCUCAGCUCGGCUGUUCUCCUGUUUUGAUCAGGCCGGUUACAGAUGGGCGCGGGUGGGGGCCGCGGUAUGCUGGCGAUUACAAGACACCGUGGUUCGCGACGGCGUUUGAGAUGGAGGUUCACGAUGUGCUUGAAGGUUCUGAUGCGCUCCCCUGCGCUCGCCCUGGCCAGCGAUGGGCCGUCAUUUGGGACGGAUGCCUAGAGCGUCAAUCCCUCCCCGAGAGUGUCCCGGCCGUCAUGGGCAUUAUCGAUGCCGAGACUCCCCCGCGGCCUGCGACGGACCUGGAGAUCCAGCAGACGGUUUGGACAGAGGGCAUUGGGCCUUAUCAGUACCAAUUCCCAGCUUAUUCUGCGCCUCGUUGGAUCUCUGUGCGGUACAUCUGUCGGGCGAACAUAACGAUGCCUGUUCAGGAAACGGUGUCUGAAAACGAUACCUUUCUUGCUGUUUGGGCCUAUGGUAGGCAGCAGAUGUGGUGCCUACGGUGA